AUGUUGUAUUUAAACGAAAAAUUAUUUAAAUCUGAUUCAUUAAAUGCGGUAACACCUGCAAUACUAUCAGAAUUUCAAAUAUUUGAAAAUUGUUGGAUUGAUUCUUGUAAACAAUUAAAUGAUUGGACAUCUUUAGAAGCAUUUUCAAAUUCGGAUGAAGUUGCAAAUAUUAAUUUAUUGACAGAAACUGCAUGGCAUUUGAGUGAUUGGAAGCUUUUAAAAGAUUGUUUAAUUCAACUUGAUGCUGCUGGUGAUCCGUCAAUGACCAUAAAAUCGUCUCUUUACAAAUUAAUGAUUAAGAUUGCCAAUUUUGAUCAAUUAGAUGGAAAAGCAUUUGAAGAAAUAAAUAAAAUGUUGAUAACAAAUUGGAAAAAAUUGCCUUCAAUUAUUUCACAUUCACAUUUGGAAAUUUUAAAUUUGGCCCAUUUUACUCAUGAAGUUUGUGAAUCUGCAACAGUUGUAAAUAAUAAUUUACAAUCAAUUAAUUUUCCUUCUUCACAACAACAACAACAACAAAAUGGAUCAUCUUCUUCUUCAUCAUCAAAUAAUUUAAAUACUUCUGUAUAA